AUGGCUUCUUCAGUGAGGCCUGGGGUUGAUUUGGAGAAGGAGCUGACCUGUUCAAUCUGUACCGACAUUCUCUUCCAACCCUUAACCCUCCUCGACUGUCUGCAUACUUUCUGUGGCUCGUGUCUAAAAGAUUGGUUUGGGUGGCAACAGACGGUAGCGGAAACAUCACCCAACCCUCCAGCCCCCGCCUCGAAAAGGUUCACCUGUCCAUCUUGCCGCGCAUCGGUUCGCGAUACUCGCCAUAAUGCAACUGUCAAUACCUUGCUCGACAUGUACCUAACCGCAAAUCCGGAUAAGGCGAAACCCGAAAACGAAAAAGAGGAGAUGCGCCAAAAAUACAAACCUGGAGACAAUGUCCUGCCGAAAGUACGCAUACCCGAAAGGUCGCCCGAGGAGAGACGGUUAGAAGAGAUAGAAAGACGGAUGCUUGAACAAGCGCGCCACAUGAGUCUGCAAGAUGCAGGUGUUGAGUCGGCAGAGAGUUCCAGAGCGAGGCGACAUCGCCAACAUAGUCGAUCGGAAGAUAGGAGGGGUAGAUCGGACAGGGAUGGCAGUAGAGAGACACGGCAUCGAGAUACCCGUGAUCGCCCCCCAAGGGAUGAGGGGCACAGGCGCCGCGCUGGCUCGAGUGCGAUGCUACAACCCGAUUCAGCUGCAGAUGAACGACGACGUCCUCGUAGUGAAUCGCACCACCGCUCGCGUGACUCGUCUCAGAUUAGGAGGAGACAGGUAGAACAUCAGGCCUCGAUUAGGUCGCUGAUUAGUUCGUCCGACGUUGACUUUCGAGACCUGGAAAGAGAAAUAGAGGAAUUUGCUCGCCAAAUUCAGGAAGAGGGUCUUUUGGAUGGUUUGGAUUUGGACAAUAUCGAUUUAGCACAGAACGACGAACUAAGCCAGAAAAUCACCGAGGCAUAUCGACGGAGGCAGAGGGAACGAGCUCGCCCCCAACCGCAACAGCAACCGCCGAGACGAAGCGACCCUGGCAUCACGUCCCCGCACCCCGAGCCAUCCCAGCCUGCCUCACGGUUUCCUUUGGCAGAUAUAUCCCAAUCUAAUAGCCGGCCAAGAUCAAGCUCGGCCAAUACCAGACCACCUAGCCAAAGCCAGGCGGAAGGCCGCAGUCGCCCCCCUAUCACGUCAACCCACCUCGAGGUUCGCGCAGAGCCGGAGAGGCGGCAUAGAAGGAGGACUUCUAGCGGUGGUGGGAGUGCAACCGACCCAGCACGACCGAGGACGACAGAUAUCCCACCAGCGGCAAAGUCGCAAACGGAUUUGAGAUUAGCCCAAAGCGUUGAUCCAUCAUCCUCUCGCCGCCCCUCCAUUUCUGAUUCGAGAAGCACCAGUAUGCCCGUCUCGAACACCAAUGGACAGCCGUCGUCGGGCGAGGGAUCUCGACCACGAGACCUCUCUUUCAGCGAAAGAGCAUCUGCUUCUCAGAUUCCACCACCGUCCCCCGAAUCACACUCCGAUGACUCAGGCAACGAAGUCCAUAAACGAGCGCGGCGGCCAUCAAGCAUCAUAGCUCCCCAGUCCCCCUUGCCCAGCCUCGGACUGAUUCCAUCCCCCACCCACAAAACGCAUCAUCAGCGGACGCGAUCUCAAUACUACUACGAGCCGUCAAUCACGUGCUCACGAUGCAGGCGGCCGCACAUCGAGUACGAGCUCCACUACAACUGUUCCAAGUGCGCCAACGGUGCGUGGAACCUCUGCUCGGACUGCUACCGCGCCGGGAAGGGAUGCGAGAACUGGUUCGGCUUCGGCUACGCGGCCUUCAAGAACUGGAACCGAGCGCGGGUUGCGGGGGGCAACGAGAGCCUCGAGCAGCCGCACAUGCUGACCUCGUGCCGGUACAGGCAGCCCAAGGCCGUGCCGGGCGGCGCGGAGGGGCGCAGGACGCUCACGACGGACAACCCGGCGAGCCGCCUCGAGAGCGGCAUGUUCUGCGUGCGGUGCUCGGCGUGGGCGAACGAGUGCUACUGGCGCUGCGAGUCGUGCAACGAGGGCGACUGGGGCUUCUGCAACAGCUGCGUGAACCAGGGCAAGUGCUGCACGCACCCCCUGCUGCCUCUCACCUACGUGUCGCCCCCGACGAGCCCCGGCGCACCACCCAGCAGCAGCAGCAGCCCCCGGGUCCCCGCCUGCCCCCGCGGCGCGACGCUCUCCACAGGCCCCGACGCCGUCAGCCUCGGGAGCUUCAAGUCGCUCACCUUCACCACCACCUGCGAGAUCUGCCGAGACGCCAUCCCGCCCGCCCACCGCCGCUACCACUGCUUCGAGUGCACCAGCGCCGUCUCGCCGGACGCGCAGCCGGGCGAGCACGACAUCUGCCCCGACUGCUACGCCGGCACCGUCCACAGAAAGCGCAUCUCCGCCGAGAACGGGCACCUCGGGUGGCGGCGCUGUCUGCAGGGCCACCGGAUGGCCAUCGUCGGCUUCGCCGAGGGCGCGCCCGGGCAGCAGCGGCGGCGCGUGUUCCAGGGGCUGGUCGGGGGCAGGAGCUUGCGCAUAUCCGAAGACACUGCUGCUGCUGCUGCUGGAGAAGAAGAAAAGCCCCGCUUGCAGAAAUGGAGCUGGAAAGGUGCGGGCGGGGCUACGGUGGAGAGGCUGGUGGCGGUGGACCCGGCUGCGACGGCGCCGCCCGCGGAGACGGACGAGUUCCCGACGUCCGGCGGCGCGGGCAUGAGGGGCGUGGCGAGGUGGUCGUGGUACCCGCAGGCUGAGAGCACGGACGAGCUGCUGUUCCCCAAGGGCGCCGAGGUGCAGGAGAUCGAGGAUGUGAAUGGGGAUUGGUGGUUUGGGUACUACAUGGGCGGCGAGGGAUUGUUUCCUGCGCCGUAUGUGAGGGUGCUGGAGGGGUGA